CACAAACGCCAUGAUUUCUUCAGUAAAACACGCCCCAACUUCUUUCCCUUCCAUUGAUUUAUUGCCCAGAAGGCAUACAAUCCCAAGACAGAAGUUUUCUCCACUACCGACCAUCAAGAAUGUUCACAAUGGCUUUAAAGCUCAAUCCUUUGCUUCACAGAAGCCGCUCCAUGUUGCUUCCGUUGAGAAUUUUAGAAUUUCAAAGGGUGCAGAGAAGAGGGUGACUGAGUGUAAGGCAUAUGAAGCCGACAGAUCUCGGCCGCUGGACAUUAACAUUGAGUUUCCGGACGAGGAGGCGAGGCUGGAGGCUGCUAAGAGAAUAAAGAUUGGGAUAUACUUUGCCACUUGGUGGGCAUUGAAUGUGGUGUUCAAUAUAUAUAACAAGAAGGUUUUGAAUGCGUUUCCCUUUCCUUGGCUUACCUCCACUCUUUCUCUUGCUGCUGGUUCUCUCCUGAUGCUUAUUUCUUGGGCCACGAGGGUGGCUGAUGCACCCAAAACCGAUUUUGAGUUCUGGAAGACCCUGUUGCCUGUUGCAGUGGCACAUACAAUUGGGCAUGUAGCAGCAACUGUGAGUAUGUCAAAGGUAGCAGUUUCAUUCACUCAUAUCAUCAAGAGUGGUGAACCUGCUUUCAGUGUUCUAGUUUCCAGAUUUUUGUUAGGUGAGGCAUUUCCAAUGCCAGUUUAUUUGUCACUCCUACCUAUAAUUGGAGGCUGCGCACUCUCAGUAGUGACUGAGCUUAAUUUUAACAUGACUGGUUUUAUGGGUGCCAUGAUAUCAAACCUGGCCUUUGUGUUUCGCAACAUAUUCUCAAAGAAGGGGAUGAAGGGGAAUUCAGUUAGUGGGAUGAACUACUAUGCCUGCCUAUCUAUAUUGUCUCUAUUGAUUCUCACACCUUUUGCAAUUGCUGUGGAGGGUCCUCAGCUGUGGGCUGCAGGCUGGCAAAAGGCAGUUGCACAAAUCGGACCUAAUUUUCUAUGGUGGGUGGUGGCUCAAAGUGUCUUCUACCACUUGUAUAAUCAAGUUUCAUACAUGUCUCUCGAUCAAAUCUCACCCUUGACAUUCAGCGUUGGAAACACAAUGAAGAGGAUUUCCGUCAUAGUCUCCUCCAUUAUCAUCUUCCACACACCCGUUCAACCCGUCAACGCCCUAGGAGCUGCCAUUGCAAUCCUUGGCACAUUCCUUUAUUCCCAGGCAAAACAGUGAGAAAGUUGAAGUUUUUCGAGAAAUUGGUACACUAAUGGAAACUAGAAAGCACAUGAGGAUCAAUUUGGAGGAAAUCAGCAGAUACAUAAGAUAGACAAGUGCUGCAGAAUUGCUUUUUCUCCAAUGCACUGCGUUGAGUUUACUCCUCAAGAUUGGAACAAGAAUGUUCAUCUCAUCUCAGCAACCCCGGAAAAUAGUAGAGUUUAGUUUAUUUUUCUUUCCUCACAAGUACUGACUAAGUUGAUUCUUUAUAAGCCUGCUAUGUUAUUGAGCCAUAAUAAUAAACAUAAUGACAUUUU